UAUAUAUAUAAAUAUAUAUCUUUCCUUAUAUCUCUUCACACUUAACAGUGCUGCUUAAGUUUUUUUUUUGUGUUUACCCGGAAUUGCUUAGGAGGAAAAAAAAAGACAAAAAAAGACGGUAAUCGAGUUGAAGAACACAAAAAUUUUUCAGUAACACUUGCUUCACAAGAUGGUAUUUGGUGGCGCUGAAAAUAAAUGCGAAGCUUCUUAUAAAGAACAAUACUGUGACACUGAUAACAAGAAUUCUCUGGAUAAAAUGGCGGACGUUGUGCAAGCUCUACUACAGAAAAUUGAUUAUACUUCUGAUACAACUGCAGAUCCAAGGACAAAAGACUGGUUCUUCUUAGAAAGCAGUCCCUUGAAAGUAUGGAUUCUAACAGCAAUGUACAUUCUCUUUGUUAUUUAUGGACCAAAAUAUAUGAAAAAUCGAAAACCUUUUGAUAUACGUAUUUUCAUGGUUCUGUAUAAUCUUGCAAUGGUUGUACUCUCUAUCUAUAUGUUUGUUGAAAUUAUCCUAAGUACACAAGCCCUUGGAUACACUGUUAUAUGUGCACCAUAUACUAAAUCUAAUGCUCAAAAUCCUAAAGAAAUGAGACUUGCUCGAGUUCUUUGGUGGUACUAUUUCUCGAAAGCUAUUGAAUUAAUGGAUACAGUGUUAAUGAUAUUAAGGAAAAAAAAUGACCAAGUUACAUUCCUGCAUGUCUUCCAUCAUGCCACAAUGCUGAAUAUUUGGUGGUGGGUUAUGAUGUUCAUUCCUGGGGGUCAGACUUGGUUCGGUGCUUGUUUAAACUGUUUUAUCCAUGUUGUUAUGUAUACAUAUUAUGGCCUGUCUGCUAUACCAUCAUUAAAAAAGAGACUCUGGUGGAAAAAGUAUAUAACAAAAAUGCAACUGAUCCAGUUCUGUGUAACAUUUGCUCACUCAGCAAAUUCUAUACGAGUGAAUUGUGAAUUCCCAAGUUGGGGAAAGUAUCUACUCACAUGUUACAUGAUUCUCAUGAUAAUAUUGUUCAGUAACUUCUACAUCCAGGCUUACAUCAAAGGCAGACGAAAUCCUAAUGUAGACACAGCAAAUAACUAUGCGAAAAAGAAAAGCUCCCAAAAUGGAAGCACCAUUAAUGGAACGGUGAAGAAAGCUCAAUAGCCAAAUUCAUAAUAUAUUUGCUUUUUAAUUAAUUUUUUAAAAUUCUUUUCUUGUUUCCAACUUAUAUUUAUUUUUCUCUUGUUUUUUUUUUAUGUUUUUGUUAACUUUAUUCUUCAGGGUAUGAAUUCAUUAAAAAACAGUUAAACCAGCAUGGCUUCAAUUUUGAAAAUAUGAUGAUAAUAAUAAUAAUAAUAAUAAUAAUAAUAAUAACAAUAAGUAUGUUCACCGUUUUACUUAACUAUACAAGAACCAUUGGCUAAUGAAACUCCCCACUUCUCUCUCAACUAAUCUUCACCAUUUGUUGGAAUUGCCUAUUAGAAACAGCUGUCAUUUUUAUAGGAAAACUGGAUGAUAUCUGAAAAAAACAAACAACAAGAAACAAAGAAAUUUAUCAUUUUCAUUUCAGGUUUUAUAAAAAAAAAGUAUUAUAUAUCCUAUAGAAUUAAAAUUUAGAUCGUUGAAUAAA